CGUCUCAUCUACUACUAUAUUUUUCGACCGUCCUAAAAACUGGCAAGCGUCGCAUCCGGGUUUAUGAUUCCACCUUUUUUUUUCGUGCUACCAACAGUGCAUACAACGUCGUGUAUCUGACAAACUGCAAAGAAACGCCGGGAUAGUGAUUACGGCAGAUACCCGACAGCCCGGUUCGCGACCCCAUUGUUUGAAUCCCGGCGCGCCCGGAGCUGCUUAGGGACUAAUUAAGACACCAAAAUGGCGAACACGCCCAAUCGCCAACGAAGUAAUCAACGUCCUCCGAGCCCGCCAAGGCGUCAGCGCGCAUGCGCGCCUUGCACAAAGGCAAAGGCUCGAUGUCACUUUGAAGAGAAUAAAGUUGAUGAUGGCUGUAACAGGUGCCGGCGGAUGAAAAUCGCCUGUACUCCCCAGGCUUCUAAGAGUCUAAGGAGACCACGCCAAAUUAAGGCUAAUAAGAAUACGGAACGCAAAGACCCUAGCAAUGAUGGGCACGUCCUGCCCAAAGCUUGCCCAUUCUCAACGUCAAAUGAUGAUGCACCACUUACUCAGAGCACAGCAUCGCCUGCUCCUCCAACGGCAGAAAGUCCUCCGUACAAUGUGACAGUAACGCAAAACAUUCCAAAGCCCUGCGUCCCCCCACCUGAGAAGUCGCUUCCAAUUCUGCCAGCUAAAAAGAUCACCCAGCCGGGAUUUGGGUUGACUUGGGAUCAAGCUGAACAAGCAAUAUCCGACUUCAGAACCAAGUUUACCCCCUUUUUCCCUUUCGUCGUUCUCGAUCCCGAUGUCCCCGCAAGGGAAAUUCUCUCUAAGAAGCCCUUGCUAUUCAGGGCUGUCAUGCUGGUAGCGUGCCGUCUUCCGCUCGCGAAGCAGAGCGAGAUCAGGAAAAGCAUACUUGCUUAUGUAGGGCACCACGUGCUGGUGAUGGAGGAGCGAGAUCUAGGUAUUCUUCAGGGCCUGUUGGUUUUCAUAGCUUGGUGUGAGCAUGAUUUUUACCUUGACAGAGAAAUCACCUACUUAACUCAUCUCGCGAUGGGAUACGCUCACAAUCUUGCUAUCACAAGGCCCCCUCCUACGAUGCAGCAAAAGAUGACUGUAGCAGCAAAUCCGAAAGACGUAAAAGAAGCAUUGAUGAGUUACAAUAUAACGAAUGUUCUCGAAGAGUCGCAUACCCCUGAGGAGCGGCGAGCCUUCCUAGGCUGCAAAUACCUUCUUUCGGUGAAUGCGUCGCAAUUCGGGAGAGAGGGCGUGCUGAAAGGCGACUAUGUGAGUCGCUGUCUCAACUCGUUGGGACACCCGACGGACUUCGGCACAGACUUCAUCCUGGACAAGAUUGUGAGGUUCCAGAAGAUCGUGGAGCAGAUAUCGGAGAAGUUACCGAUGCCUCGCGAGGGCGAUCGCUCAAACGUGUUUACUAUAUCCAUGAACGAGGAUAUGCAGUCGAUCCGCAAGCAACUGGAUCAGUUAUUUGCGAAUAUGGCUCGAGAACAUAGACACUUUGUAUUCUUCUGGGCCAUGCACAACUACGUCCUUGUCCGGUUAUAUCUGCCGGCGUCAAGCCUAUCUCCACCACAAGACGAAGUAGCAGCGCACCUCCAACGGCAGUGUAUGCUGUACUGUCUACAAGCAGCCCAAUCGUUCUUCGCAACUAUAGUCUCGAUAGGAACGGAAGGGUUCUUAUACCGGUCUUUUACCUCCUUCGCCGAGAUCCUUUUCGUCCUGGUCGCCGCCUCGCGCCUUUUGUUAGUGGAGAUCGACGGCUGGGACCUUAUCGAAGCACGGAAAAUGCUCGAUUUCCCGGCGGCGAUAGAGAGCAUCAUGUCGGCUUUCAAGAACGUGAUUAACUUCGAGGCGCAGAGGGCCGCGGAGUCGGCGGCGAAUUUCGGGGUGAAAUUCACGCCGGACACGGCCGAAGAUCUUAAGGGCGAUCGCCUUUAUAGGUAUGCGACGAAGCUCGAAUGGAUCAAGCACUGGUUCUCGACUCAAUUGACGCUAGUCCCCGGGGUUGGGCUCUCGGGCGAACCGCAGAUGGCCGGUAGUUCAAACAUUUGGGCGCCUUGGGCGCCUCACAAUCAAUCAUGGGGACCGUUUAUGUUUGGGUUUUUAGGAGAUGAUAAUUGGAAUAUAGAUUUCUAACUAGAGGUUUGUUAUAUAUAGUAAAUUCUAUGGGUUAUGAUGGGGGGUUGCUGGUACCACGCGUUAAGAUUGUAUGGAAUGACUUUGGGAAGACUUCUUUUGCUUUAUUGGUACUAAAAUCUACACUCGCAUUUUAGGGGGACAAAUAUGGACCUACUACCUAUGUAACUUAGCCACCUUAGGUAUCUAGUACCUGUCUUUUAAGAGCUGAACCAAUUCAACUCACUUAGCUCCAA